AGGAUAUUAAACUGAUAAUUUUAUCAAGAUUUAUUAUUAACAAACGUUUUAAUAAGUUGUGGCUGUAAACGACGGGAGAAUAGUAUUGUGAAUUGUGAUUGGUCACUCUAACUAUGGACCGCUUUAACGUUACUGAAUAUAACAAAAAUUAAAGAAAUUUAAAGAAGCUUGUAUGAAAAUAGAUUUCUCCAUUAAUGACUUAUUAUUUCGAUAAUUAACUUUUUUUGCACAUAUUUUUUUGUUGCGAAGUUUUUGGAUAUCACACUCAAUAUUUCCUGUGUACACUUAACUUAUAAAAACAAACGCGGGUGGUUCGAAAAACACUGCUCAGUUGAUAGCACGUUUUGACCUCUUAAUUUUAUCUUUAUGUAUAAAAUUACAGACCGGUCUUAGUGCGUCCCAAAACAAAAUACAUAUAUGUUUGAUAUUACCUAAAAUGAGGAUAAAUUCACGUGUUCUGUCGUCGGCUGCUGCGAUAGCGAUAACAUGUGUUGUAUCUGCAGCUGCAUAUUAUUACAAGAGCCGCAAAGGAGAGGUUAAUGAUGUUAUGGUGUUCUGUAAACUUCAGUUUAAUGCCUACAAUUACUUUGACAAACUAUUGAGCUUUAUAGAGUCAGCAAAAGAAAGCGUUAACGUUUGCAUGCCCGGUAUACAUAAUCCAGUUAUACAGGGUCGUUUGGUAAAGCUUAUGAAAGAGAAGAACAUCAAAGUACGAAUAAUCAUGGACCGGACAGGAUAUAACGAAUCCACCGAAUUUUUCAUUAAAGAGCUUAUAGAUUCAGGUGCCGAGAUCAGAUGCAAAGCUAAUGACCCUUUAUAUACGAUGCAACACAAAUUUUGUUUGGUCGACGAUAGGAUUCUCAUGACAGGUACAUUAAACUGGGGCAACGACCGCUCUUUCGAUCACUGGAAUUAUGUGUAUAUUACAAGUAAAUUACAACUCGUUGAACCAGUCAAAGAUGAAUUUUAUCAAAUGUGGGAUACAUCUAGCAACGUCGAACAUGUAUGUGAUGCACAAAUGUAUGAUAGCGACGCCGAAACGGUGGAGAUCAGUAAUUUAGACGAUAUUUCGGGUGAAAAAGGAGAUGAAGUUGGCAACACUACAACGGAACUUCCCCCGAAAUCAAAAACUACGUCAGAAGAAACUCCCGCGCUUGAAUUUCUUUCAUUUGAAAAAAUACACUAAUAAAUUUAAAACUGCUGUAAAGUAAAUCUAUUCAUAUAAAUUUUAAAUAAUAUUGUAUUUGUAAAUAGUGUGAAUCAAAUAUUAUAAUAAUAAAAUGAAUGAAUUUUAUGUCAUGAACAUGCCCUGAAUUAAUUGAGUAAAUUUUGUCAUGAAAAUUAUUUUAGUAUAGACGAAAUACGUAUUUUAAAAGUUUAUUUUUGUUAUUUCUAUGUUAACAUAACAAGGGCAUUUGAAUUAUGUAUUCUAAAUUUUUUAACUAUUCUAAUCAAUCAUUUCCAAUUUAUCAGUGUAAGUGAAACUACUUUUAUUUUAUAAAAGUGUUUUAAAACUCUUUAUCUAAAA